CAGAGCAUUGGAGAUUUCUCUGAACUGGCCCGAUCCUCCCCACGGAACUUGCUUUUGCCUGGGCUUCAGUAUGGCCACUGUCAACGAUCGGGCAGUUUUGCAAACUAUUUUCCACCCAAAUGUUCCCUUUGAUGAAGACUCGGAGGAGGAGCAGGAGAAGCAGCAAGCAAUCCAAGAAGGCGGCUUUGAUCCUGAGCUGCUAAAGCAAGCCACUCAUCUGGAGGCCCAAGGAAUCGCAGCAGCCGAAGGAGGUGACCUGGAGCUGGCCCUGGAGAAGAUUAACCAAGCCAUCCAACUGCUUCCAGAGCGAGCUUCAGCCUUCAACAACCGUGCACAAGCCCUUCGUCUCAAGGGAGACGUUGCAAGGGCCCUGGAAGACUUGGAGACAGCACUGAAGCUCAGCAAAGGGGUUGGCCCAGUGGCCUGCCAGGGUUUUGUGCAGCGAGGGCUGAUCCAGCGGUUGCAAGGCCAGGAGGAGGCAGCCCGGAAGUGUUUCGAGCAGGCAGCUGGCCUGGGCAGCACCUUUGCCCGACGGCAGCUCGUGCUGAUGAACCCUUAUGCAGCCCUCUGCAACCAGAUGCUGUCGGAGGUGAUCAAGAAGCUUCACAGGAAGGGGGGCAAGGAGGAGGGCUGCUGAUCCUGGGCAAGACACUUGGAGGCGGGGGGGCGGGGCAGCUGAAUAAAGCACACGGCUUCA